CGGAAUGAUUCUCGACUCGUCGUUCCUCGCGGUUGAUGAGCUGCUGAUCGCGUUCGUCAAACGGCACCGUUUCAUGUUGCAGAGCCAGGGUUUAUUUUUUGCGUAAUUCUUGCACCGUAUGCAUGGCGCAUCUGUAGCUCGUCCGCGGAUUGUACGCUCAUCGACCGUGCAGAAACCUCCUCCUUAAGUCUCCCGUUUCCAUACGAUGAUCCCAGGAGCUGCCGCAUCAAUGUUACCCUCCGCGGAAGCUGCGAAACUGUACCAAACCAACUACGUCCGGAACUCCCGUGUGAUCGGGCUGCUGUGGGCCAUCUUCACGAUCCUGCUAGGCAUCGUCAACGUGACGAUCUUCUCGCAGCCCUACUGGAUCGGCGAUGGCAUGGACACGCCACAGGCCGGCUACUUCGGCCUCUUCCACUUCUGCACCGGGGACGGCAUAGCCCGGGAGCUGACGUGCCAGGGGAGCUUCACCGAGUUCGCGGCCAUCCCAUCCACCGCCUUCAAAGCCGCCUCCUUUCUGAUCGGCAUGUCCAUGAUGCUGGUGGUGAGCUGCAUCGGCUGCUUCAGCCUCUUCUUCCUGCUCAGCACCUCCACCGUGUUUAAGAUCUGCGGCUGGAUGCAGGCUGCGUCUGGUGUGUGUCUGGUGCUGGGCUGUAUGAUCUACCCGGACGGCUGGGACAGCGACGAGGUGCGGAAGAUGUGCGGCGAGCAGACCGACAAGUACAGCCUGGGCGCCUGCUCGGUGCGCUGGGCCUACAUCAUGGCCAUCAUGGGCAUCCUCAACGCGCUCAUCCUGUCCUUCCUCGCCUUCGUCCUGGGCAACCGGCAGGACGGCCUGCUGGGCGAGGAGCUGCUGGCCGAGAGCAAGGUUCCUCCACACCCCCCACCCGAAGAAGGAGGUUGCACUGAGCUGUAG